GCCUCGGCUCAGAGCGCAGUGGCAGGACCUCGCAGCUGGAUUUCCCGGUGACCCCCAGUGCGACCCGGCGUCCCCGCUGCUCCAGCCACCAUGCCGCGCUCUUUUCUCGUCAGGAAGUCCGCUUGCUCUCGCCGGAGGCCCAACUACAGCGAGCUGCACGACUCUUCUCCAGAGUUUACCUUCCAGCAGCCCUAUGACCAGGCCCACCUGCUGGCGGCCAUCCCGCCUCCCGAGGUCCUCAACCCCACAGCUUCACUGCCCACGCUCAUCUGGGACUCCCUCCUGGCACCCCAAGCCCAGCCCGUUGGCUGGGCCUCCCUUCUGCCCCAGGAGAUCCCCAAGGCUGUGGAGCUGACCUCCCUGUCGGACGAGGACAGUGGGAAAGGCUCCCAGCCCCCCAGCCCCCCGUCGCCGACUCCUUCAUCCUUCUCCUCCACCUCAGCCUCUUCCCUGGAGGCUGAGGGCUAUGUUGCCUUCCCAGGCUUGGGCCAAUUGCCCAAGCAGCUGGCCGGGCUCUCCGUGGUCAAGGACUCCCAGUCUCGCAAGGCCUUCAACUGCAAAUACUGCAACAAGGAGUAUAUCAGCCUGGGUGCCCUCAAGAUGCACAUCCGAAGCCACACGCUGCCCUGCGUCUGCAGCACCUGCGGGAAGGCCUUCUCCAGGCCCUGGCUGCUGCAGGGCCACGUCCGGACCCACACAGCCCCAUUUUACAGAAGAGCAAAUGGAGGCUCAGAGAAGCCACACGACUUGCUCAAGGUCACACAGUGGGAAGCAGCUGAGCUCCCUAUCAAACCCAGGCCUUUGGACACUGGUUAUGGCCUGGUCUUUCUGGGUGAGAAGCCUUUCUCUUGCUCCCACUGCAGCCGAGCCUUCGCUGACCGCUCCAACCUGCGGGCCCACCUCCAGACCCACUCGGACGUCAAGAAGUACCAGUGUCAGACAUGUUCCCGGACCUUCUCACGCAUGUCCCUGCUCCACAAACACCAAGAGUCCGGCUGCUCAGGGGGCCCCCGCUGACCCUCAAGGCACCUUCUGAAUCCCCCACAGUGGCCUCAGCUCCCAGAGGAAAGGCUGCGUCCACCCACUGCCACCAAACGCCCUUGUGAGCGCCCCCUUCUGGCGGCGUUGGGCCUCACAGGAUCUUGAGGACCAGUUCUUGCUCUGGUGCUUACGUGGGCUGCAGAGAGGCCUUUCUGUGGACAUCUCUGUGGAUGGCGGAUGGGAGGGUGGUUUCCAGCGGAGACCCCUUUUGGCAGCCAUUGCUCCAGAGCGUUCUGGAGUUGGCCUUUCUGUGAGUUUUUGUAUCCAAAGCUGUUGGAUACAGCUGCUCCUAGCUUCCAGACAAAAGCCAAGAGACUGAUAGGAAGCUCCCACCCCACUCAGGGGAACCCACUCCUCCCCCAAGGAACCCUCAGGAGGUGUGACUAUGCAGUUAUUCAUCCCCAGGUGCACCCGCAGGGGCAGCACCCACAAAAGGCCGAAUCUAGACCCCAAGAUGCCUCCAGGCAAGGGCAGCUAUUUCAGCCUCCUGUCUGUCAUGGUGGCACCUGUUUCAUGGGCGAUUUAACAACAGUCUCAAAAGGGACUGUGAGUAAUUGCCGUCAUUUGUCAGGGGCCUGAGUGGGGCGCUUUGGCCCAACCAAUGUGUCUCCCAGAACUAUUUUCAGGGCCCAACAGGUGGGUCCAAGAGGGAAGAUGUUUACAUUUUUAAAGGUACACUGGUAUUUAUAUUGCAAGCAACAUUUUGUACUAAGGAAAUGUUUUGUAUAGUUAUAUGUACAGUUUAUUGAUACUCAAUAAAGUGGUUAAUUUA